GCCACUUCGCCGUGUAUUGAAGCAAGAUGGCAGCUGUUGUCGAGAAUGUUGUCAAACUGUUGGGCGAGCAAUACUACAGAGAUGCCAUGGAGCAAUGUCAUAACUACAAUGCUCGUCUUUGCGCGGAGAGGAGUGUGCGCAUGCCCUUCCUCGACUCUCAGACGGGUGUGGCUCAGAGCAACUGCUACAUUUGGAUGGAGAAGAGGCACAGGGGGCCUGGCAUGGCUCCAGGCCAGCUCUACACAUAUCCUUCCAGGAGGUGGAGGAAGAAGCGGAGAUCUCAUCCUCCAGAGGACCCCCGACUCAUGUUCCCCGCCGUGAAGUCAGAGCUUGAUUUUGGACUCAAAAAGGAUACGCUCUUGUCAUCGGAUGGCAGCAGCCUGGAGGCCCUGCUGAAGGGCGAGUCCCUAGAGAAACGGACACCUGCAGAUCCCAGAGCGUCUGAGGAAGACUCCAACCCCAGUGACUACACCCCUGGCCUGAACCCCGCCACACGCAUCAGAAAGAGAAUCCUCGAGCCUGACGACUACUUGGAUGACCUGGACGACGAAGACUACGAGGAAGACACACCCAAGAGAAGAGGCAAAGGCAAGGGGAAGGGUCGAGGAGUGGGCAGCAACAGGAAGAAGCUGGACACCGCAGCCAUGGAGGACAGAGACAAGCCGUACGCUUGCGACAACACUAUCAAACAAAAGCAUAUUUCCAAACCUUCUGAAAAAGUCUGUGGAAAGCGCUACAAGAACCGUCCAGGUCUGAGCUACCACUACACCCACUCACACCUGGCGGACGAAGAGGGCGAAGAUACAGAGGAGAUGGAGGCCAGUGAGCCUCCACCCCCGUUGCCGGAGCAGCCCAAAACUACGAAGAAAGGCCCAGAUGGUAUUGCCCUGCCGAAUAACUACUGUGACUUCUGCCUGGGGGACUCCAAGACCAACCACAAGACGGGCCAAUCCGAAGAGCUGGUGUCCUGCUCCGACUGCGGACGCUCAGGCCACCCCUCCUGCCUGCAAUUCACGCCCGUCAUGAUGGCGGCCGUCAAGACGUAUCGCUGGCAGUGCAUCGAGUGCAAGUGCUGCAACAAGUGCGGCACCUCUGAGAACGACGAUCAGCUGCUCUUCUGUGACGACUGCGAUCGAGGUUACCACAUGUACUGUCUCACCCCACCCAUGUCUGAACCUCCAGAAGGGAGCUGGAGCUGCCACCUGUGUCUGGACCUCCUCAAAGACAAAGCAUCCAUUUAUCAGAGCCAGAAUGCCCCGCCCUCGUGAUGGCCACUCCUUCUGCGCACACUCGCCCCUCGCCCAUUGUGCAGCAUCAACACAGGUGUGACGCGAGGAGGACACGGGUGUGUCCAGAGGGAGGGUGCGAUUGGUCCAAAGGGAAGUACACUUUACCACACUGGCCUCAUCUCAUGUCUUCAAAUACGACUGUUACACAUGGCAGACUACACCGUCAACCCAGUACCAUGACGUUACCCAAACACACACUUCUUUCCUCCAAUUUAUAUAUUUCUAAAAUACAAAGUACACUUUCACUCAUCAUGUCGUGCCAGUAGCCCAGCCACAUACGCUCAUAAUAGAUCUUAUGAAAAUGGCUCAUUAUUAAAAUGGCUCCGAAAAGCUCAUCUUAAAUGAAGCAUUGCUCAAGGGCAACGUUUCAAAAGGGACUCAAAACAUGGCACCGUAAAGUACUACCGUGUACUUUUACAACCUUAACAGCAACGGCAAAAUGAUACCUACAAUACAGUAGAUAUGAUCAUAUACACAUCUUUAUACAGAAACAAUGCAAUAUGUUCACACUUCAGUAUGAAAUUGAAAAGGGGAAAUGAGCCAUCCGUAAACACACACACAAACUACAAUAACUACACAGAGACCUCCAACGCGCACUCCUGACAUGUUUCAUGCUGAUUCUUCCUGCAACUAAACCCAAGCUGCUUGUCCACGUGCUGUAUGUACAAGUAUAAGACGUAUGCAUCAGGGCCUCAAGCUCUUCCUUGCUGUGUUCUAGCAGUUUGCUUCUCACACCCCUUCUUUCUUUCCCACCAUCUUCUAAAAGAUGCAUUUGAGCAAGGCUUGUUGUAUCUGGACCCGCCCAGCGAUGCUUCUAGGUUAUCUGGAGCCGCUUUGCCCAAAAUGUGAUGAAUGAAGAGGCAGCAUGACAGACAGUUGUGAGUUGUGGUACUGAGAGAGCAGAUGACCUUAUUGCAAAAUUGGCUUGUGUGUGUGUGUGUGUGUGGGGUGGGGGGGGGGUG